GUUGACGGUCGACCAAGUAACUUCCAUGAAGGUGGAUCGUAUGGUCAUACCCCUUCAUAUAUAUCAUCUGCUAUUGGCAAGAGAUCUCUAAACACUCACCUCCUAAAUCUUCUCGUCGAUCGGAUCAAAUAGUAGUCAGGUCAAAUCAUUGUAGCUGCUUACCAUGAGUAAUAAAGUCUUCUGCUUGGCCGAGACAAAGGUUGCAGUAGCGAGAUCUAUGAGUUUCGGUGACAGAGAAUCCAACAAGAUCUUGAGAAAAUCGAUCAGUUUCAAAAGAAGUGAUUCGUCGAAUAAGAUGGUAUCCAGCGAAGCACCAGGGAUGGAGAGAUCACUGAGCUUCAAGCACUGGGAGCCCCAGGUGACAAAGAUCGAAGGAGCAGCUACUGAUAAGCAGGCCGUAGAAGAACUCAAGAUUCAAGCAAAUUUUCCAGCGCCGAUUGUCGAGCUCCCCCAGCGGCAGCUGCUCGAGUUCUCAUCCCCGAGGCCAUUAUGCGAACUCGAUGCAGCAGCAACCACGCUGCAAAAGGUCUACAAGAGUUACAGAACAAGGAGGAAUCUUGCAGAUUGUGCAGUACUUGUGGAAGAAUUCUGGUGGAGAGCACUUGAUUUUGCAUCUCUCAGAAGCAGCUCUGUGUCAUUUUUCAACGUUGAGAAGCCGGAGCCUGCAGUUUCUAAGUGGGCAAGGGCAAAGAAAAGACUAGCCAGAGUUGGUAAGGGUCUCUCCAAAGAUGAGAAAGCUCAGCAACUAGCAUUGAGACAUUGGCUAGAAGCUAUUGAUCCAAGACAUAGGUAUGGGCACAACUUACAUUUGUAUUAUGACGUCUGGUUUGCAAGUGAAAGCACCCAACCAUUCUUUUACUGGUUGGAUGUUGGAGAUGGAAGAGAAGUGAAUCUUGAGGAGUGCUCGAGAAACAAGCUUCAACAGCAGUGCAUCACAUACCUUGGUCCGAAAGAGAGGGAAGGAUAUGAAGUCAUAGUAGACGAUGGAAAGCUGGUUUACAAGAAAAGCGAGAUGCCAGUGAAUACUACUGAGGGUUCCAAAUGGAUAUUUGUUCUCAGCACAUCUAGAUCACUAUAUGUGGGGAAGAAGAACAAGGGCACAUUCCAACACUCCAGUUUCUUAGCUGGGGGAGCAACAACAUCAGCAGGAAGACUAGUUGCGAAAGAAGGCAUACUCCAGGCUAUAUGGCCAUACAGUGGUCAUUAUCUUCCGACAGAGGAAAACUUUAAGGAGUUCAUCAGUUUUCUGGAGGACAAUAACGUGGAUCUAACCAAUGUUAAGAAAUGUUCCGUCGACGACGACGACUACAACUUAUCCAACAAGGACCACGCCAGCGACCUCCCCGAAGUACUCUCCCAGGAGGCGAUCAAAUCCAAGGUCGAGGCAAGCAAAUGCGACCCUCGGGGGACAGAUCAGCGAUCCGAGAAGCCGGCUCCGACUCCAGUCGCCAGGCAGCAAUCCCGGAAGUGGGCGACGGCGGCCGGCGCCCGGAUCAGCUGCGUCCGGGACUACCCGUCCGACCUCCAGUCGCGGGCGCUGGAGCAGGUCAACCUCUCGCCGCGCGUCGUCCUCUCCCCCAUCACCAACAACUUCAACGCCCCGAUCCCGUCGCCGCGGCCGAGCCCUAAAGUCCGCGUAUCGCCGCGGGUACAGUUCAUGGGCAUCCCGACGCCGGCGGCGUCGCCGUCGCAGUCACGGCUCCCGUACAUUGGCAUCCCCUCGCCCAAAGUGUCCCUCCGGCUCCCCAAGCAAAAGACGAGGACGGCGUGAUGCGAUUCGUUAAUAAGAGAAUUGCGAAUUUGGGGUUUAAGAAUUUUUUUUCUACGAUUAAUAAUUAUUUUGUUCGUUUGAUUUAAAAUUUAUUUUAUUCAUUAGAUCUAAUUGAUUGAGCUAAAAAUAAUUCAUUGUAGCAGAUUAUCUAAUAAACUCCUCUUAUUUUACCAAUUCAAGUUUGAA